ACGAAGGUUCCAAGUACCUGGCAAUAUCUAUGGCCUACUUUUAUCUGGGUGUUUCUCCGGGUUCUCUCCUCGGAGGUUCCUAUACUGAGCAAGAAAGCGUGGAAAUUGUUAGCAAAUUUAGUAAGAUGCUUCCGUGGCAGGAAGUCGUGACUGGAUAGCUAUGAUCUUCGCAAUUGUAGGAGUCAUUCUGUCGUGAACAUUUCUGUCCUGGUGCACUUGUGGCAAUGUAUCUGCCGCAAGGCUGAAGUGGUGGAAACUGUAGCAAGUAUUGCAGGAGCGUUGAGUCAGGAACGACCUUUCCAUGUGAUACGCCCUCCGGGCAAUCGAAUGGCUGUUAGAUCGUAAACAGGAACCUGCCUGGGGGUUAGGGUUUUGGUUUCAUGGCAGGGUGGGAAUACGACAGAGCAAGGCGGAACAGUUCUGGUUGGUAUUAGGAGAGCACGGAAAAUUCGUAGGCGUGUGGAUUGUAAUUGGAGUUUGCGGGAAUUGAGUGGUGAAUUGUUUGCAGAUAUGUGGUUGGUUGCAAGUUGUGUCUGAGACAGAGAAGUAUCUUUGUCUUGCAGCAUGGGGGAAGUGCUGUUCCUGUUGUCGUCGUUGUCGUUGUCGUUGACGUGUUCGUCAUCAUUCCCAUGCUGCGUUGCAUAGAGCUGGAUUUCUUUUGGUCGCAGCUAGUUUUCUUGUCUUCUUUUCUCCUGAAUUUUUAAGCCGCUGCUAUAAAGCAAGAUAGAUGGACGUCGGGGAAAUGAAGCCUAGCCUAUCGCUGGGACUGGCGCAAAUGAUGCAGCAAACUGCACAGCACCAGCUCCAGAUGAGUUCUACAAUGGAGCAAGUCAACAACGUUCAACCUACUUUGUCUAGCGGGAGUCACAUGAGUGAUCUUAGCCAGGGAGAGACGGUCAUGCAAGUUACGACGAGAGAUGGAUCUCAGAUUCUUCUUCAGGGCACUGGUGGUUCAUUAGGAUUUUCUCCUGCGAAUAAUUCCCAGCGCGUAAAACGGAAGGCCACAGGAGCUCUACUGGGCCGUCAGUUUCGGACUCCUUCAGCUCCUUCAACUCAGAUGAUGGGAGGAGUACGAAGCCCCUCUCCUUCCUCCGGGCAGCAGUCCCCUGUAAUUUACCAGACUUCCCCUCGCACUUCUCAACCUUUAAUGCAGGGCCCGUCUUCUGGCGCGUUUCACGCAGUAGUAGCAUCCGAUCAUCUUCUUCAGAAUGGGAUUCCUAGGCCUUUGCCAAACCAGCUAUCUUCUUUGGGACAGAGAGGAGCCAAGAACCACACCCCAUUUCAGUACCACGAUCAUAAAGAACGGAGACGAGGAGUACGUGAUUGGGGCAACAAACCCCUCUCUGAGGUGGAUCCAGAUUUGUGGGACAUUAUGGAAAGAGAGAAGCAUAGACAAUGGAGAGGCAUUGAGCUGAUUGCUUCAGAGAAUUUCACUUCACUAGCCGUCUUCGAAGCACUGGGCAGUCAUCUCACCAACAAGUACUCGGAAGGAUUACCUGGGAGUAGAUAUUACAGGGGGAACGAAAACAUCGAUCAGAUCGAGUCUCUCUGUUGUUCAAGGGCUUUAUCAGCCUUUCAUCUUGAUCCUGCGAAGUGGGGUGUAAAUGUACAACCCUACUCAUGUUCAUCCGCAAACUUAGCUGUUUUCACCGCACUUCUGCAACCGAAUGACCGCAUUAUGGGCUUGGACGUUCUGUCCGGAGGUCACCUUAGUCACGGGUAUCAGACGCAGGGCGGAAAGAAGAUAUCCGCAGCUUCCAUUUAUUUUCAGACUUUACCAUUCAAGGUGCAUCCUGAAACUGGCCUUAUCGAUUACGAGAAAAUGGAGGAAAUAGCACUCCUCUAUCGACCCAAGAUUCUGAUUUGUGGUGGAAGCUCUUACCCUCGAGAAUGGAAUUAUUCUCGCUUUCGCCAAGUGGCUGAUAAAAUUCAUGCCAUCUUAAUGUGUGACAUGGCUCAUAUAAGCGGACUUGUGGCCGCACAGGAAUGUGACAGCCCUUUUAAUUACUGUGAUGUGGUCACGUCCACCACUCAUAAGUCACUUCGUGGACCUCGGGGCGGCAUAGUCUUCUUCCGGAAAGACUUGAAGGCUGGUGGCAAGCCAGGGGAUGGCGCCCCUGGUAACCUUGAGCGGGAUAUCAAUUUCGCAAUUCAUCCGACUUUACAAGGUGGUCCGCACAACAACCAUAUUGCAGCUCUCGCGGUGUCCCUCAAACAGGCAUGCUCGAAAGAGUACAAGGAGUACAUCCAGCAAGUGAAGAAGAACGCUCAAGCUCUUGCAGAAGGCCUGAAGAGGCGAGGGUGCAAGCUGGUCACGGAUGGAACUGAUAACCAUCUAAUACUUUGGGACCUUCGCCCUUUUGGUAUCACUGGUAAUCUUCUCGAAGAAGUUUGUGAAGCAUGCCAUAUCACAGUGAACAAGAAUGCCGUUUAUGGAGACAGUAGCUCCUGGCAGCCUGGCGGUGUACGUAUUGGAACCCCAGCUAUGACGUCCCGUGGCUGCAACGAAGGAGACUUUGACACUAUUGCAGAAUUUCUUUUUAAGACCAUGCAAAUCGCUGCAAAUCUAAACAAAGGAAACUUCAAGGCCCAGUCAAAGAACGAGGUUUUCAGUAAUGGCGAAAUUCGGGAGCUGAGGUCCAAAGUCGAGGAAUUCGCCACUGCAUUUGAAAUGCCUGGGUUCGAUGUUCCACAGUGACAGUCUUGCAGCAGCAACUUUCCGAGGAUCGGAAAUUUUCCUUGAAUUUUGGGUUAUAUUCUCUUGGUUGUGGUUUCUCUUUUUUUGUUGGUUAUUGCUGCCCGCUUGGGUCGUACCAUAGUUCUUCGACAUGACAGCGGGUAGCUUGAAGCGCAGUUAUGGAUGGGGAAUUGGAAGAGCUCCUUUUCACGUCCACUACUGCCCGCUGAAGUGGAGGCAGCAGCACCCACGGACUCUCGUGGGCUUCCAGCUGGCAACGGCCACCUUCUGCAACAAGGCUGCUGCUGCGGCUGCGGCUGCCGAGGAGCUGUUUCUGUACCAUUCGUCUUCUUCGACUUUCGAGGCGUUCCUCCCGACGGUCACACUUGAAUCCCAUCCACAUGAGCCAAUAUUUGGUGGUUGGUUGCAUGUAGCUUGUACAAUAUUGUGAAAGAAUUUUAUGUUUAGGAUAGAGGAGGAGAUUGAUUACAGGGUUUCUAGAACCUUUCCGUAAUGUAAGCGUUCGUAUUAUCGUUGUCAUUAAUCUCUGGUUGAUCAUGGUGUUGAAUGAUGCUUUACUUUCUGCUCAUCACAACGUGUUGCAAAUGUAUCUUGGGUGUUUUGGUCCAUCUCCAAACAGAGAACCACCCCGGAUACAACGCAGAUGUUUGGCAGAUAGUCCUAGAUUGUACAGUCUCGUUGCAUCCUUCACAGUUUGUGGUUGGCGGGACGUGAAAUCUUAUUAUUGCACUAUUUUUCACAUCCUGUCGGCUCAGGAGACCAAUCUAAA